AGAAGGCGCAGUUGUGGUUUGCUCUUCGCCGAUUUAAUCAAUAAUUUCAAUUUACAAUCAUUAAAAACAGUUUAAAGCAUUAUUUUCGUAGACUGAUCUAAGAUGAACAAAUUGUGAUAAAUAGUUGUGAGAAAUUUAUAGUAAAAGUAUCUAAUGCGAAGUUAUAACCUAAUUUUCUAAAAUAGCACGUGUUUUUGUUUGUAAACGAAGUUGAAGCAUUUUUAACAAAGAGAAAAACAUGGAUGACGACGACCUACCACCUUUAGAAGAUAAUCUCGCACCUCCUCAUGGCUAUAACGACAAUGAAGAUUCUGAUGAAUGGGAUGAGAUGGAAGUCACGGGAGAGCAAACCACAUGUCUUUUUUGUCCUCUGCAGUUUCUUACUAUAGCCGUAGCCUUAGAUCACUGCCGAACUGAGCACAACUUUGAUCUCCUCGAACUGAAAAAUAAAUAUAAUAUGGAUUGUUAUUCGUACAUUAAGAUGAUCAAUUAUAUUCGAAUGCAAAAACCAGAUCCUAAAAUUUUAACAGAGUCGUCUGUUGCUUUGUGGGAUGAUGAUGCCUAUCUGAAGACUGGAGACAUGGAAUCUUGGUUGAUGUAUGAUUUUGAUGAUUUGGGAAGUGCUCCAUCUACCCCACAUUACGCUAUUGACGGCAAGACCCCUAUCAGUAAUCUGAAUUUUUCAGAUUUGCAACGACAAAUCCAAGAAUUAACUUUACAAUUAAAGCACAAAGAAAGUUUGUUAGAAAAUGCUAUAAAAGAUAUUGGGAAAAUGAAAGAAGUGACCAGAACUAUAGUAGAAGGUGGGGAUGCAGCAAUAAAAAAUUCAUUACCUUCAAUUGUGGGUCAUCUACCUCUGGGCUGUGAUAGUGACUAUUUCAAUUCAUAUUCACAUUUUGCUAUCCAUCAUGAUAUGUUGAAUGAUACAGUGAGAACUGAAAGUUACAGGGAUGCUAUACUCAAAAAUGAAGAUUUAUUUAAAGGGAAAAUUAUUUUAGAUGUGGGUUGUGGCACAGGUAUACUUUCUAUGUUCUCAGCUAAAGCUGGGGCUUCCAAAAUUUAUGGAAUUGAUCAAUCAGAAGUUGUAUAUAAAGCAAUGGAUAUUACAAGAGAGAAUAAUUAUUAUGAGACAAUCCAUUUAAUAAAGGGUAGAAUUGAAGACACAAAUUUACCUGUAGAAAAAGUUGAUAUAAUUGUGUCUGAAUGGAUGGGAUAUUUCUUACUCUUUGAAGGCAUGUUAGAUAGUUUUGUCUAUGCAAGGGACCAUUAUUUAAGUCCUGGAGGAUUAAUCUUACCAAACAAAUGUGUUCUGUAUUUGGUUGGUUGCGCAGACACAGAACGCUAUAACAAACUGAUUAAUUUUUGGGAUGAUGUUUAUGGUUUUUCAAUGAAAUGUAUGAAAAGAGAAGUACUUACUGAAGCAUUUAUAGAAACAGUACCCGAAACAAGCAUAAUCACAAAUCCAGUAGUUCUUAGCGAGGUUGAUUUGAAAACUUGCACUGUUACUACAUGUGACUUUAGCUCUGAUUUUAUACUAAAAGCAACCAAAGACGGGUUGUUGACGGCCGUAGUUGGCUAUUUUGAUACAUUUUUUGAUUUACCAACUAGUGUUCAAUUUUCUACUGGACCACAAGCUCCUAAGACACACUGGCAGCAGACUGUUUUUUAUCUGCGGGAGCCUAUUGAAAUGAAAACUGGUGAAGAAAUCAAGGGAUGCUUAACAUGUUCAAGACUACGAAAGAAUCUAAGAGGUUUAGCAGUGACUGUGACUAUAGGCUACAAUAAAUAUUACUACACUUUAGACUAACGAAAUGUAUUCGUUUUUUACAUUUUAUUUUUAAAUUAAAUUAAAAAAAAUGCAUAAUAAAAAACCUGUACCUACAGUACCUAAAAUAUAAUUUAAAUUGUCGUAUUUACAUUAAA